AUGUCUCUGUUCAGGCGAUUUAUUCCAAUUCACAUGAAACUACACUCUUAUUCACAUUCAUAUUCAGCUAGAAGCUCUAUGGACAAUUACUUUCUUCGUAAACGUAGAAAAUGGCCACUUUCACCUUACAAAACCAAAUGGCAAGAAGAAACCUUAACUCAUCAAUUCGCUAUGCAAAAAUUGGUAGAAUCAACAGCUAACAGAUCUCCUAAAAUCCAUCUUUUAUCAAUUCUUAUCGACUCUUUCUCUACCUACGAAUGCGAUCCAACUCCAAAUGCAUACUAUUUUAUCCUUAAAACAGUUACCAAGAACCCGUCUAUAUGGGAUGAAAUCCCUCUAAUUCUUGAUCAUAUUGGUAAAGUUGAAAAAUUUGAGACACCCGAAUACAUAUUCACUUAUUUGAUUAAGUUUUAUGGGGAUUCUAACAUGACCCAUUUGGCAUAUGAGAUGUUUUUCACUAUGCCAGCUUUUAGAUGUAAACCAAGUGUGAAGUCUUUGAAUUGUUUGAUUUGGGUACUUUGUAAGAACAAUUAUGAUCUCAGAAUUGUACUUCAAGUUUUGGUUAAGAGUCAGUUAUUGAACAUUUGGGUUGAAGAAUUAACUUUUAAGAUUUUGAUUAGAGCUCUUUGUAGGAUUGGAAAAGCGAAUAAUGCCGUUGAUUUGUUGAACUUAAUGGUGAAUAGUGGGUUUAAUCUUGAUGGAAAUAUUUGUUCUUUGAUUUUAUCUACAAUGCCUGAAGUAAAAGAUUGUGAUGGGGUUGAGAUUUGGGGUGUUUUGGAAGAAAUGAGGAAGUUAGGUUAUAGUCCAAAAAGGGUGGAUUUGUGCAAUGUGAUAAGGUUUUAUGUGAAAAAUGAAAAAGGGAUUGAUGCUUUGGAGGUGUUGAAUAAGAUGAAAAUGAGUGGAAUGGUGCCUGAUGUUGUAUGCUAUAAUUUGGUUUUGAAUGGAAUGAUUUUAGAAGGGGAGUAUUCGAAUGCAGAUGAAGUGUUUGAUGAAUUGCUUGUAUUAGGUUUAAAUCCCGAUAUCGUUACCUAUAAUGUGUAUAUUAAUGGCUUGUGUAAGCAGAUUAAAAUGGUCGAGGCAUUAAGAAUGCUUGGUUGUAUGGAGGUUUUGGGGUGUAAACCUGAAACGAACACUUACCACACCAUAUUAGAUGGUUUGUGUAGGUGUGGGAUGUUGUCGUCUGCAAAAGAAGUUUUUGGGCAGAUGAAAUCGAAGGGUUUACAACUCAGUUCACAUAUUUAUGGCGUUAUAAUUAACUGCAUGAUUAGAAAUGGUGAAGUUGACGAAGCGUAUAAUCUGUUACAUGAGAUGGUUGACAUGGGGUUUCUUCCUCAGUCUAUUACAUUUGAUGGAUUGAUCGGUCUUUUGUGCAAGAAGGGUUCGUUUUCUGAGGUGAUGGAAUUGUUAAGCAUAAUGGUCACCAAGAACGUUGUCCCUGGGAUUAGAUCGUGGGAAACAUUAGUUCAAGUGUUUUCUUCUGCAAAAGAGGAAAGAAAUGUAGAAGUAGAAGGUUCUUCUGGAACGAAGGGGGCUAAAUAG